GGAGGGACGCGCUGCACUGCCAGGAGAGUCUGCACAGCACGGAGGGAAACCAGGCUCGGUCCGGAGAGGGGGAAAAGUCCGACUCGAAGGAUUUAAUAUAUGUUUUUUUAAUGUUUCUUUGUUAGGAGGUUUUUCUUUCUUUUUUUUUUUUUUUGGUUUGUUUGUUUUUUUGGCCGCGUUUCAUGCGUCCCGUCUUGUCUCAAUGGUUCUGAACACUGAGCGUCAGGUUUUUGGACCCUUCAGCUGGGAUGUAGCGGAGGACAAACCCACCUAGAGCCGCUUCACACCCGCCUUUUUACCGAACAGGAAUAACGCGACGUUUCUUUUUAUUAUAAAGGCUGGUUCGUGCAAAACAAAAACCCGCGCUCCUGUUGACUUCUUCUUUUAAUUCUUGUUUUUAUGGUGGGUUGCCGGAUGAUGACCCCCAUCUGGAGGCCAUAGCUGACCCCCUGCUUUCCCACCGAAUCACUGCCCCUCACCCCAAUGAUGACUAUGAGCUCCAUAUCGGACACUUUAGUCCCCACUGAUCCGUCCAAAUCGGCGUUUUUGGAGUUCGGCGGCCACGGCUACCCAGGACACCCCGGACACCAGCAGCCUUCCCCGGGCUUGUCCCACAACCAUUACCCGGUCCACGGCCUGCACGCCGUCGGGCCCUCGCAGCACGACGGGCCCUUCUCCUCCGGUGCAUCCUCGUACGGCCGCCCGCUGGGAUACCCGCCCUACCACAGUCCCGUGAGCGCGCACCACCCCGGGGCAUACCUGCCCUACCAGCACGGGGGUCACAGCGGCGCGCUUGGACACACCAGACUGGAGGAUGCGGAGCACGAGAAGCCCACGGCGGUGAUCGAGAACGGGGAGGUGAGGCUGAACGGGAAGGGGAAGAAGAUCCGGAAGCCUCGCACCAUCUACUCCAGUCUGCAGCUCCAGGCGCUCAACCAGCGCUUCCAGCAAACCCAGUACCUCGCCCUGCCCGAGAGGGCCGACCUGGCCGCCAAGCUGGGCCUGACGCAGACCCAGGUGAAAAUAUGGUUCCAAAACAAACGGUCCAAGUAUAAGAAGAUCAUGAAGAACGGGCCCUGUGGACCGGAGGGGGACCACCUCGCUCCCCCACCGGCGUCGUCCUCCUCCCCAUGCUCCCUGUGGGACAUCAGCAUGGCUGCCAAAGGCACGCCGGUGCACUCAGGAGGGUACAUGAACAAUUUUGGACACUGGUACCCCGGACACCAGCAGGACUCCAUGCCCAGGACUCAGAUGAUGUGACAGAUUGGAGGACGCAACACUUCCGGGACAAUUUAUACGGAUUUAUACACGCGAGAUGAACUGGAGCUGUAAAGGGACGAGGACAUUGUUAAGAGUCUGAGCUGCUCUGGAGGCAAAAAAGUGGCAAUCAUAAGUUGUAGUAAAUAGAUUGAAUUUACUUUUUACUAUUUAGAAAAUUCGACAUCAGGAUGUAAACAUAAAAACGACAACAUGCUAGCACCAAUUGUAGCAUUUUAAAUGAAGCAUGUAAGACUUUUUAUUAUGUUUACACAAGUGAUAUCCAACAUAUCAACGAAAUGGCUCGUAUCAGAUUUGAUUAAGAAGGAUGCUCAGCUCUCAGUGACACGUAUAACCAAAUUAAACUAAAGAAAAUGGAAGUCUAAUAAACUUACAAACUCCAAUAAGUCAUCCUGUCAGGAGCUUUUUAACACUAGCUAACUAGCCUUCAUUGCAACGUCCUAAAUUCCGUACAAAAAAGUAGAUUUAGCAUUCAACUGUUCAUUCAUUGGAGGAAUAAGUCUUGAAAUAACGAAACUACAUCGCCAAAAUAAAACAGCCUGUCGAGUUAUUUCUGCCUCCAGAGCGGCUCGGCUUGAUAUUUUUGAUAAAGCUAUAAGUGACGCUACGACUCAAAGCUAACGCCGACUCCUGAUUCUGGACACUUCGGGAGUUUUUGUUUGUUUGUUUGUUCGUUUAUUAGUUUUGUUUUUUUGUGGGCAGGUACACAUGUAAAAAGAAAGGUUCUUCAGGGCUUCCUCACAAUUGUUUUUUUUUGUUUUUUUUAAUGGACUGUAUUGAUUGGGUGAACCCUCUGGUUUGCUUAUGUUAAAAGACGGAUCAGAUUAAAAAAGGAAAAGAAACUUCUGGUGAUGCUUGUUGAUGCAGUGCCAACAGGUUCAUAUAAAGGCAUUACAUUCCUAAACAACUGUUCUUAACACUUUGGUUUUUGUUGUUUGGUGAGGUUUAGGCACCAAAAGUAGUUGGUUAAGUUGGGAAGAUGUCAUUGUCUGAGCUAAAAAAUCAACCCUUUCACAACAUGUUUGAAGCCUUUCCUCCAAUUAUUUUGGUUACCAGGGUUACAAGUCUUUCCUCGUCUAAUUUAUAACUGGUUGGCUGAAACAGAGCAAACAGUAAAGCAAUAAAAUGCAUAGCAAAGAUA